AUGUAUCAUUUUAUUGCAUCAUUUAUCGCUAUCUACUUUGGCAUUGUUUACACAUUCGUGGGGCAGGGACAUAGUUUUGCUGAUGCACUCAUCACUUCCACUUUGAUGGCAGUUUCUUUCAACUCUAGUCUACUUAGCAGCAUAGUGUUCUAUCGUGUUUUCCUCCACCGUUGUCGAAAGUUUCCGGGACCUUUCCUAGCUGGGGUAUCCAAGUUCUACGCAUUCUACCAAUCAGCCAAAGAGGUGCGGUACUACAAGGAGACUGAAGCCAUGCACGCAAAGUACGGCGAUUUCGUUCGCGUUGGACCACGCCAGAUUAGUAUAAUGCGGAAGUCCGCAGUUCCACUUAUCUUUGGUCCGCAGAGCAAUUGUAUCAAAGGGACGUUCUAUGGCAACGCAGGUAAUGAUCCAACGAAAAUCUCCAUCAACAUGAUAAGGGAUGAAGCUAGAUAUAAACUCCGACGCCGCGCGUGGGAUAGGGGUCUUUCAAUGAAAGCGAUUGGAAACUAUGAGCCAAGAAUCACGGAAAAGGUGAAUCUACUCCUCGCGCAAAUGCGUCGAAACAAUGGAACCCCAAUGGACGUAACGAAGUGGUCUAUGAUGCUGUCUUUUGAUAUCAUGGGCUCCGUUGGGUUUAGCAAGGACUUCGACAAUCUCAAAACAGGAAAAUUGCACCCUGCCACGCAUGCUAUCCACGAUCAUUUGACACAUAUAGGCACAAUUGGAGAAACUCCGUGGCUGCUGAACAUUCUCAGCUCGAUACCUGGGGCCGCCGCAGGGUUCGCAAGCUUCUUCAACUUCUGCGCUCGCGAGAUGGAGGCAAAGCAGAAUAACUGGAAUAGUGAUGCACAACCCCAAGACAUCGCGUCGUGGCUUAUCAAGGCUGUCAAAGACAAGGAUAUCUCGGCCUCUCCAACGAAAGAGUCUCUGACAGACGACUCAAGAGUCAUCAUUAUUGCAGGAAGUGAUACUUUUGCUAACGUCCUGGCAUGCACUCUUUUCUACCUCGCCAAAGACAAAGACGUCCAAUCCAAAGUUCGUCGCCUUAUUGACGAAGCAUUGCCCGACGGCCCUGCAUCAUGGAGCUAUGACAAAAUUAGAAAAGUGACGUACAUCGACGACAUCGUCAACGAGACGCUGAGGUUGAAGCCACCGGUUAUAUCGCAGCCACAUCGACAGACACCUGCCAGAGGCUUACAAAUCGAUGAGCAGUACAUUCCCGGCAACGUUAAUGUAACAGUACCUCCGAUACUGAUCAUGCGAGAUGAAAGGUGGUGGAAGCAACCCUUUGAAUUCAUUCCAGAGAGGUUUGGGUCAAGGAGGGAGGAAAUGGGAACGGAUGACGCUCCGUACAUGCCGUUCGGUCUCGGUGUGCAUACGUGUCCGGGAAAUAAUUUGGCGUACGCUAAUUUGAGGAUAUCUAUCUCAUCUAUCGUCCAAAACUUCGACAUCGAUUUCGCCCCUGGGGAAACAGGCGAAGCAUUCGAUAAGGACUUUCUCGAUACGCCUCUAAUAAAGCUACCGCCACUGUAUCUAGAAUUCAAAGCAAGGAAGCCUGUUAAUACAAGUACACAGCAGUGA